AUCGCCACGCCGGCCAGCUCCCAGCCGCCACCCCACGUUACCAUCGCCACGCCCACGCCGCCCAGCUCCUGCUACCACUACCAGUCGCCGCUCCCCGCUCAACGCCACACACUCACGCCACGCCGCUCUUCGCCACUAGUAGCUGCGCUUUCUGCUGCUUCCUUCCACCACUGCUCCGGCGAGGCGGAGCGCAGAUCGAUGGAGGUGGCUCUCGGCUCGGCGGCCUCGGUCCUCGGCAAGGUGUGGACGACGCUGUCCGACACCGUGGUGGCGGCGUACGUGGACAGCCUCCAGCUCGGCCACAACUCCCAGCAGAUCAGGGAUAAGCUGCUGCACGCGCAAGGCCUGCUGCACAACGCCCAGGGGCAGGGGAGCCAUAACCCUGGCCUGCAGGGGUUGCUGGAGAAGCUGAGCAGGGACGCCGACCAGGCAGAGGACCUGCUGGAUGAGGUCCACUACUUCCAGAUCCAUGACAGGCUCCACGGCACCAACUAUGCCACCACCACCCAAGAGGCCGGCCCGGAUCUGGACAGCCUUGUCCACCAUCAAGCUCUCCACGCCGGUACUGCUCUUCGCCACACCCUAGGCAGCUUAGUCCAGUGCUUUUCUUGCUCGCCUACACCCAAGACCAAGAGGGAUGGAGGUGAUGAUGCUGCUGCUGUUGCACCACGCCGCGUCACCAAGAGCACCUUGCUCCACUGCUUUUCUUGCUCCUGUGCACCCAAGAGCAAGAGGAAUGCUGCUGCUGUUGCUGUUGCCGGCGUUGGUGGUGAUGCUGCUGCUGCUGCUGCCGGACUCACCAACUCCAACUCCAACUCUGCUAGUGCUGAUGAUGGUGAUACACCGCGUUUUGACAGAGUGUUCAUGUCCAGAGAAAUCAAGUCCGUGUUACAGGACAUGCAGUCCCACUGUGAUUCCGUCUCCAAUUUGCUUUGCACUAUCCCAACCAGCAGCAGCAGGGCAGUGGCAGUCGUCCAAGAUCGGCCUCAGACAGCUUCCAUGAUUAUACAAGAUACAUUGUAUGGCAGGAGACACACUUUUGAGGAAACUGUCAACCGUAUCACCACUGUCACACACACUGAGACUGUUUCUGUUCUUCCUAUAGUUGGUCCAGGGGGUAUUGGAAAGACAACUUUCACCACUCACCUGUACAAUGACGCAAGGACUCAAGACCACUUCCAAGUCAGGGUUUGGGUAUGUGUAUCCACUGAUUUCGAUGUGCUUAAGCUCACCAGGGAGAUCCUUGGCUGCAUACUUGCAACUGAAGGAGCAGGUAGCAGCGGUGUUGCAAAUGAAACAGCCAAUUUAGACCAGCUUCAGAAAUCCAUAGCAGAACGUCUCAAGUCCAAGAGGUUUCUAAUUGUCUUGGAUGAUAUAUGGAAAUGUGACAGUCAGGAUCAGUGGAAAACCCUGGUAGCUCCGUUCACAAAGGGGGAAAGCAAAGGAAGUAUGCUACUUGUCACAACUCGAUUCCCAAAGGUAGCAGACAUGGUGAAAACAGUUGAUCCACUAGAGCUACGAGGUUUGGAGUCUAAUGACUUCUUCACAUUCUUUGAAGCAUGUAUAUUUGGUGAAGAAGAAAAGCCCGAGCAUUACCAAGAUGAGUUUGCUGGUAUUGCACGAAAAAUUGCAAACAAGCUAAAGGGUUCCCCGCUUGCAGCCAAAACAGUUGGUAAGCUACUGCAUAAGCACCUUUCUCAGGAACAUUGGAGUGGAGUUCUUGAAAAGCAUCAGUGGCUAAAGCAGCAAGACAAUGAUGAUAUCAUGCCAUCUUUAAAGAUCAGCUACAAUUGCCUCCCUUUUGAUCUGAAGAAAUGUUUUUCCUAUUGUGGCCUUUUCCCUGAAGAUUAUCCGUUUACUUCUUCAGAAAUCAAUCAUUUCUGGGUUGCAAUAGGCAUCAUAGACUCUGAUCACCAAGCCAAUAGGAAUUACCUGGAAGAACUAGUGGACAAUGGUUUUCUCAUGAAGAAGAAAAAGUAUUAUUUGGAUCAUGAUCGAUACAAACAAAAGAAGGAAAUUGAUUGCUAUGUAAUGCAUGAUUUAAUGCAUGAGCUAUCUAAGAGUGUUUCUGCACAAGAAUGCCUCAAUAUAAGUGGCCUAGAUUUCAGAGCUGAUGUUGUCCCAAAAUCUGUUCGACACUUAUCUAUCAACAUAGAAGACAGAUAUGAUGCAAAUUUUGAGCAAGAAAUGUGUAAACUGAGGGAGAGGAUAGACAUUGCUAAUCUGCGAAGUUUGAUGACUUUUAGAGGAUAUGAAGAAGAAAGAAUCAACAAGCUUCUAAAAGAUAGCUUCAAGGAAAUAAAUAGUCUGCGUGUCCUAUUUACAGUGGUGAAGUCUGCGCAAUGUUUUCCAUAUAGGUUUUCAAAACUGAUCCACCUCCAGCACCUCAAAAUUAGUUCAUCUUUCUACAGUGACGGGGAAAUGAGUUUGCCUAGUACACUAUCAAGAUUUUAUCACUUGAAAUUCUUGGACCUAGAUGAUUGGAAUGGUCGUUCUGAUUUACCUGCAGACUUUAGCCACCUUGAGAAUUUACAUGAUUUCCGUGCUGGAAGUCAACUUCACUGCAAUAUUCGCGAUGUCGGAGAGAUGAAGCAUCUGCAGGAGCUAAAAGAAUUCCAUGUCAGGAAGGAGAGCAUGGGAUUUGAACUGUCAGAACUUGGGGCAUUGUCAGAGCUUGAAGAAGAACUGACUGUACGUGGUCUUGAACACGUGGCAACCAAGGAGGAGGCUACUGCAGCCAAACUGAUAUUGAAAAGGAAUCUGAAGAAAUUGGAAUUACUCUGGUCAGGCCGAGAUGGCCCAACUACAGAUGCUGGUAUUCUUGAUGCUCUUCAACCACACUCUAAUCUUAGAGUACUUACAAUUGCAAAUCAUGGUGGUAUGAUUGGUCCUAGCUGGUUGUGUCUUGACAUCUGGUUGACAAGUCUAGAGACUCUCACUCUAGAAGGCGUAUCUUGGAGCAACCUCCCACCCUUUGCGAAGCUACCAAAUCUCAAGGGCCUCUAUUUGAAUAAAAUUUCUGGAAUGCAUCAGUUUGGGCCUCUAUGUGGUGGCGCUCCAGGGAAAUGUUUUAUGCGCUUGAAGGAAGUUGGGUUUUAUGAGAUGCCAGAACUUGCUGAAUGGGUUGUGGAACCUAAUUGCCAUUCGUUUCCAAGUCUUGAAACAAUCGAAUGCAUCGAUUGUCCCAACCUCAGUGUGAUGCCCUUCUCUGAGGUGUCUUGCACCAAUUUGCGCAGACUUUUUGUUUCUGGGUGCCCCAAGAUGUCUCUGCCGUCCAUGCCUCACACAUCCACACUGACAAGUUGUGAUGUAGGAAGAUGUGAUUCCGAAAGGUUGCGUUAUGAUGGAAAGAGAUUGGCUGUUAGAGAGUAUGGCGGUGCGUUGGCCUCCCACAAUCUGGAUAAAGUAGAAGAUAUGAUUGUCAACAGAUGCGACGGUUUGUUCCCUGAAGAUUUGGAUGGCGGUUUUGUCUUCCGUUCAGUUAAGAAUCUCACAUUACAUGUAUCUCAUCUUACCAGCAGCAAAUCAUCAUCGUCAAAAGUGUUAAACUGUUUCCCAGCUCUUUCUGUGUUGCACAUAGAUCACUGUGAGGAGGAAUGUGUAAUGCAGUUCCCAUCAUCCAGCUCACUGCAGAAAGUUAACUUCUCAUGCUGCAAGGGCCUGGUUCUUGUGCCUGUGGAGAAGGAGAAUGGAGGAGGAAUUCGGGAGGACAACUCAUUGCUCCAAUCAUUAACAAUAUUCAAUUGUGGUCGAUUUUUCUGUGGGUGGCCCAUGGGAAAGGGAGAAUCAGAGACCAUUUGCCCUUUCCCUGCUUCCCUGAGGGAACUUGAUGUCGAAGGAGAGGCAAGCAUGAAGUCAAUGGCUCUGCUCUCAAACCUCACGUCUCUCACCACUCUAAAGCUAGAGGAGUGCGGUAAUUUAACAGUGGAUGGAUUCAAUCCUCUCAUCGCAGUCAACCUCAGAGAACUGCAAGUGUGUGGGUGCAACACCUUAGCAGCAGAUAUGCUCUCAGAGGUAGCCUUUCAGAGGGCCAAAUUAUUAUUGCCUGCAGGUUACAUCUCUAGAUUGGAGGUACUCAUCACGGACGACAUCUCUGGAUUGCUUGUUGCUCCUAUUUGCAAUCUCCUCGCCCCAGCCCUCCACACACUUGUAUUUGGUUCUGAUUUUUUUCGAAAAGGAUUUGGUUCUGAUGGGAGGAUGGAAUGCUUCACGGAAGAGCAAGAGAAAGCGCUGCAGCUCCUCACCUCCCUCCAGAAACUAAGUUUUUACUCCCGCAAGGGUCUGCAGUCCCUUCCUCAAGGGUUACAUCGCCUUUCUUCUCUCAAGGAGUUAUGUGUCAGGUACUGUCCAAAUAUCCGAUCCAUGCCCAAGGAGGGCCUCCCAGUUUCGCUGAGAAAACUAUAUAUGACUGGUCGCAGCGCUGAGAUAGAGGAGCAAAUUGAGAAAAUCAAAAGAACCAACCCAGAUUUAUCCGUCGAAACAUAACUACACCCAAGACUACUAACGGUUGCUCUCCCUGUUGGCGGUUGCCACCUUUUCACGGCCUCAAUCAUGCUGGUGAAGACACUGAUCUCCUCCUCCAUCAAGCCGCCCCUCUUCCUCUUCCCAUCAAGCACAUGUACGUGUUCAAAGGGCUUGUCAGGGCCAUCAAGGACUACCUCCGCGUCCGGGGUCUCUGGAACUCGGGCAUGAGCGAACCGAGAGGCUCAUCGGAAUCCAUGGCAUGCUUGCCAGUU